AGAUGUUCGUGAUAAUGCUGAUAGAUUCCUAGGGUCUCUUGUGAGAUUUGAUAAUAUACGUCACGAAGUAAACAUUGGAUCACUAAAUAAUUUCAUACAAGGCAUAUUAAAUACUGAUUAUGACGAAGUAGAAGAAGUUAUUGCUGCUGGUACUUCUUCUACUAGUCAACAAUCGAGCACUCCAACGACUAUAACAACGGCAAAGACAUCUCCCCUUCUUACGGAAUCAUUUACAGAAUCUCUCCUUGUUACUCAUAGAUCUCAAUCGGAUUUUUCAUUGACUUCACAAGAUGAUCGCUCUGAUGUUACAUCAUCAACAAUGACAACAACGACAAAUUCAGCGACAACACCGACUUCUAGAAUUUCUUUUAAGAGACCAAGAGGUCGUCCUCGCAAAUUUUCUAAUAAUUACGUUACUAUUAUUGAUGAGGUGGUCCCUACUAAGUCUGGUCGCAGAUCUUCACAAAAAAAUGCUUCCAAUGUUGGAACUAAUCGUAUUAUAGGAAAAUCAACCAAUUCUUCAGAAAUUUAUUAUAGUGAUACAUCUGAUUCAUCUGCUAUUUAUUCCUCGGAUGAUGAUUCUCAUUUAGAUAAAGUCAUGAACCUUGUUCGAACUUAUAUUAGUACAACAAAAUCCAACAUUCUUAAAGAUGGUAUUUAUACUUGGAAGAAUACGAGACCUAUAUUUAUAAACGAACAUCUUAUCAAAGUUAAAAAAUUAUUCAGGAAUAAUAAUAUACCAUCUUCAACAAAUGAAGAUGACGAUAUUAUAAAUGCAUUCAAAAGAAUUCACACUUCUAGAAGAUCGAUGUAUCUCACUAGACAGAAGUGUGUUCAUACAAACUCUAACUCUAACAAAAGUACUAUUAUUAAUGUUGUUAAUAGUGAUGAUAAUAAAAGGAAUAGGGGUAGACCUCCAAAGAGUAAUAAUAAUAGUAGUAAAGGGAAACAAAGUAUGCGAUGAUUUUAUGGUUUAGAAGAAAGAUUUUUUUUUUUAAAAAAAACGAUAAUUUCGAGGAUACCCUUUUUCUUAUUAGCCGUUUUCUGCUU